AUGUUGCCCAGCCGUGCCAGAAGUGCGGUUCAGUCUUCUUUGUCUCCAUCCUGGACACGUGAUGAUGUGAAGACAUGGUUGACCGCAGUCGCUGCAGCUGCAUGGCAAAGGAAUGUAGAUGGCAAGAUGCUCCAAUUCUUGGGGAAGGAAGGUUGGCAAGAAUUGGGUGUCAGCAGUGCAGUGGAGCGUGCCCGGAUUAUGAGUUUGACGUCAGAACAGUCAGAGACUGCCGCCGCAAACUCUAGAAGUUCGAGUGCCCCAUCGAAACCGCAGAAGUUCCGGCGCGGAGCCAUCGGAGCCAUCGGAGCCAUCGGAGCCUUGCAGCGUUUUUUUCAACUUGUUCGCAAGUUGGAUGGAGCGAUCUGGGCCGACCACAAGAAAGUUUGGUUCGAACACCUUGAACAUUCUGGAAAGUCACCGGAAGAGUUCAAAGAUUUCUUUUGCAUGCAGCUGGACUCGUACAAUUUGAUGACCUUACUUUUGUUAUCUGGAGUCUUGCCUACAGCUACAGGCAUUUGUUCAGAUAUUGGCUGGGAUGCUGAUGGCUGGCCAGUGGACAAGGUAAAAUUUGCAUGCCUGAUCUUCAGUAUUGUUUAUAGUUUGCUUCUCAUUUUCCAUGUAAGUUUGGUGCAUUUGCUGCACUUGAUGGUUUCUGGAGUAAGCGGAGCAAACUUGCCUAUAUUCUUGAAAGCUUUCGGCAAUCAGUUGUUGAGUGAAGCUGGUGUUGGCUAUGUGGUGGUUCUUUAUGCGUUUGGUCCGUGGCUGCUCUUGUGUGGAGCGGUUUUCAUGGUGCAUGCCAAUGCGGUGAUGUGGUGCACCACAUUUGCGUGUAUUUUGUUGAGUUACGUGGCAUACGGGCACCUUUCAUCUUUGGUGAAAGAUGACUUUGGAAAUCGACCACGCUUGUUUGAAGGCUUUCAGGGUCGAGCAAAGGUUUUAGUACGCCUGCUCAUUCACAGCGGUUUGUUUGGGCCGGAGUUGCCACUCGAUCCAGCUGAUUACACUCAAGACGAAUUGCUGGAACGACUCGCGCAAAUCAGUUUGGAGCAGCCAUAUGUUCAAUCACUGAAGCCGGACUAUGAUGUUCUGAACGAGGAGGAGACUGAAUCGGAGACUUCUAUGUGA